AUGACACCGCCGGGUAUGGUAUCUCUGUGGUGCAAGACGCGCGGCUGUAGUAUCCCUGGCGGUGGACUGGGUAUUAGCAGAUCGUAUGGUCACGGGAUGAUGAGGGGAGACGGCGUGGCGGCGUCACAGUGCACUGCAUGUGGAGUUGCCCCGUCUCCCACUCAAUCCUUAUGUGGUGACCGACUGCUUACCCUGUUCCAGUUCGCCUACCGGCCUGCUACGGCCUUGCCGGAUUCCUCGGCUUGUCACCAUCCUUCGCCAAUCAGGUGGAGUUCUCGCACCACCGGGGAGCUUAUCUCCUUCUACAAUUUUGGGAAUUCUAUCUACAUUCCUCCUUCACAGUUGUCCUCACUGGGCUCCGCCCUCUCAAAGCCACAUGGCCACUGCCCCGACUGGGAUAAACUUGGUGACGCCGACCUCCAAGCCGUCCCGGGCAUCCGUGGCUCCGCCCCUCCCAACUCCAACAACCACGACAAGGACCAUCCCAACACCCUGUCCACACUGCUUGGUUGCGACAUCGAUAAUUCGCAGUGCCCACAACAUCUCUCGCCCAUCACCUACCGGGCCUACGCCCUGUACUCUUCCAGCUUCGUCCACCACUACUUCAGCUGGGCGGCCUACCUAGCAGACAGACUGUGGGACUCGCUUAUCAGGCUGCGCUGUGAUCUCGAGGACCUUCAAUGCCACGACUCCAAAGCCAAGGCCCUCAACCGCUGUGACAAUGCCAUGCCACUCCUCUAUUCUCACGGGUUCACGCCGCCGGAGGGCAUGUCGACAUCACUGAUCAAAUGCUCGGAUGUAGGAUCCAAUUUGGAAGAAGUGAUCUCAGGUGGACCCAUCGCAAGGCUUAUGAGCUGUAUGGAUGAGUUUCUCCAGAGUCCGGAAACCCUUCAUCACUCUCGUCUUCACAUUCGGCUCUAUCGCAAUGCUACUCCUCGCCCGCAAGCUGGUAUGCUGCAUGGACGUAUUGCACAUGGGCUCUCGUCUGCUAACGUCCAAGGCCUCCGACUCAAACGACGUCAAGGCGCUAUUCGCGCCGAACAAGAAGAUGCUCACCCUCUACCACGGCGUCGACUAGUUCGACGACCAUCUUGA